UAAUAUUCUGAUCAUUUGUGAAGUGAUUGUGAUUUAAAACGAACGAUUAAAGACUGAACACUCGACAAUUUUAUCACAUUGAAUUAUUUAGAACGGUGUAUUCCCGGAGAAAUUGAACAAAAUGUUUUUGAAGAUAAUUUUGAGUUUGCUGGUGACCGGUGCAGUUUUAGCGGAAAGUGUACAACAAUUUUAUAGCCAAUCUCAAACAUAUAAUCCAUAUUCAUAUUUGAGCGGCUAUAACACUGAUGGACUUUAUUCGGGAUAUAAUACACAGGGUGGACUUUAUUCGGGAUACGGCUAUAAUGCAUACGGAUUGGGAAACUAUGGUGGAGUUGGAAGUAGUUAUCCCUAUUAUUCAAGCUAUUAUCCGUAUCCAACAUCCUCGUAUGCUGUUUACAAUCCAUAUAACUACAAUACAAAUAACCAAAUGCCCAACACAAAUGCAUACAGUGGUUCUGGUGGCUGGAAUGGAUUAGUAUUUGGAGGCAAAAAGUAAACAAAUCGCUUGAACAACUGCACAGUUUUUCU